ACCACAUUAUCCCUAACAAGAGAGGUUAUUUACGUGGUACAUAUUAUCCUGCCAGCAGCACGUGUUAUGGACUUAGGGUGAAGGAGUAAACAAACCUUCAUCUGCACGGACGAGCUGGCAACAAAUACCGUAUUGGAUUUUAGUAUUCCGCUCUUUCUUGGGCGAUGGAGUCGGUAAAAGCCAAGACUUCUGCUGAGCCUCAAGAUGCAGAACAAAAGACAAAGAUACAACAGAAGAGGAAAGCAGAAGACACAAGCAUGGAAGUUGUUGAGGAUAAUGCAGUAACUCGGCCCUCUUUCCCUCCAGCCAAGAAGGAGAAAUUGUCCUCAUUGGAGAUGAGGAGGAUACUUGUUCCAAACAACAGAUACACUCCCUUAAAACAGAACUGGGAAAAGAUAUACUCACCCAUUGUUGAACACCUGAAGCUUGAAGUCAGGUUUAACCUUAAAUCCAGGAAUGUAGAAAUUAGGACUGGAAAAGAGACUGAAGAUCCAAAUAGUAUCCAAAAAGCAUCCGAUUUCAUUCAGGCUUUUGUGUAUGGCUUUGAGGUUGAUGAUGCACUCGCUCUCAUCCGAUUAGAUGAUCUCUAUCUUGAAACAUUUGACAUUAAAGAUGUGAAGCAGACUCUCCAGGGUGAUCAUCUCUCACGAGCAAUUGGUCGGGUUGCUGGAAAAGGUGGCAAGACGCGUUUCACCAUUGAAAAUGCUACUCGGACUCGUAUCAUCUUGGCCGAUUCUCGUGUCCACAUAUUGGGCUCUUACCAGAACAUCCAAAUUGCAAGAAGAGCAAUUUGUAAUUUGAUACUUGGGAGUCCUCCAUCGAAAGUCUAUGGAAAUCUCAAGGCAUUUGCAGAAAAAGUUAGAGAUAGAUUUUGAUUAUUAUUUUUUUCAAUCUUUACUUUGGUUUCAUUUUAUAUUAAAGACAAUUCAACACAACUUUACUGUUAAUAUUGUAUUAAGCAUUUAUAAUUCAGCUUUACAGUGAUUUAUAUAAUUUGCUGUGUAAGAGAGAUUCCUCUAUAUAAACAAAAGUUAUUAU